CGGCCGGGACGGCCAACCCUGGCCAGGGAGGGCACGCUGGGCAUGCGGCGCGGGCACGUCCACUCCGGAGGGUGGGCAGGAGGCGCGGGGGCGCUGUGUGGCUCGCAGACUUGAGCGGUUCCUCCCCUGUCGUUGGUAGCGCCCCGUGCGGGAGGCGGUGGAGAGCGGCGCAGCGGCACGGCGGGCUCUGGGCGCCGGUACCUCCCCCUCCGCGCAUGGCCAUGAGGCAGCUGCCGUACUUCUGCCGCGGGGAGGUGGUGAAGGGCUUCGGCAGGGGCUCCAAGGAGCUGGGCAUCCCCACCGCUAACUUUUCUGAGCAAGUAGUUGAAAGCUUUCCAUCUGAUAUUCCUACUGGUAUAUACUAUGGAUGGGCCUGUGUUGGAAAUGGAGAUGUGCAUAAAAUGGUUUUGAGCAUAGGAUGGAAUCCCUUCUAUAAGAAUACUAAGAAAUCAGUGGAAACACACAUUAUCCACACCUUCAAAGAAGACUUUUAUGGAGAAAUUCUUAGUAUAGUCAUAACUGGAUACAUUCGACCGGAAAAAAACUUUGAUUCCUUAGAUGCACUCAUUUCAGCAAUUCAGGAAGACAUUGAAGAAGCAAAAAGACAGCUAGAUCUACCAGAACAUCUUAAACUCAAAGAAGAUAACUUUUAUCUGCCAGAAGGCAAAAUAGUAAACAAUCGCUGAGAAAAACCAAACAGCCUUUUUUUUCUUUUUUUUUUAAUUAUUGAAUUUCUUUCUUUCUUUCUUUUAUAUUAUUUUUUCCCCUGUCAUGGAGCUUUUGUAUUUGCACUGCUCUCCUAGAUACUUUUGUGUCAAAUGUGUGUUAGGUGACUGAGAUCAGAACCAACCAUACAAGAUGACUUCAGUUUUCUUUGGUUAAGUCAUCAUUAGCGCAGUCAUACAAAAGAGCUAGGAGGCUGUACUACCUGUUUACAGAUAAACAAUAUACGAUGUAUCCUGAUGUUACCAGGUCUUUGGAGAUCAGAGCGCAUUUAGAACUUGACCAAAGUUAAUUGUAAUCGUGAGGUGUGGUUGGCUCAUUUAAUGAAGAAUGUCUGUUCUUAACAUAAUCUUGACCCAUUUUCUAUGUCAUUCUUAGAUCUGAGUAUUAGCUUAGAAAAUGUUGGUGUUGAUUGACUCAGAAAAUUCCUGUGGUUAGAUUUGAUUAGAUAACAAUAGCAAGAUUAAUUCCCUAUAGUUCUUGCUUUUUUAGACGCUACACAGCUGUUAUGGUUGAAGCUAUUUUAAUUGAAAUUAUUUAUUUUAAGUUUAUUUGAAAUUGAAGAAAUUGCUGUUGCUCAUUAUGUUGCUAGAAUUUGAACUAUAUCUUGACUGAACAUAUGAUAACAUAUGAUUGUGUAGUUUAAUUCUGAAGAGGUGUUUCACUUAAUUUCAAAAAAAUGAGUAAAAGUGUGAAAGCUGAUAAACUUUAAGGUUCAGGCAUAAAAGAUACAGAAACAAUAUAACAAGACUGCUGCUCAUUGCACCUUAAAGGAAAAUAGGUAGUGAGACACAGAUUUGCAUUUUAUGUGCUGCUGGUAUUUUUGAUAGGAAAAUCUUGAGGUUAUUUACUGCACUGGCAAUAAAAUGUCUGACUUCAAGACUGGCUUAUUGUAAGGCACAGAAAAAUCUCAUUAACACUCUGCACUAAAUGCAGGUAAGAGCCAAGGUUUUGGCAGAUCAAGUAGAUAAAUACAUGAAUGAAAACCUUUGGGGAUUUAUUACGUAGUGUAUCAACACUGUAAAGAAUAUUGGUUAUUUUUUAAAACUAGUUGCUGACAGUCCUACUCUGAAAUAUGGGGAUACAAGUGAGGGUUGGACUAGAUGAUCUCUGAAGGUCCCUUACAAUCCUAACUAUUCUGUGAUAGAUUAGUGGAAGGAGUACAGUGAGAGUUGAUGGUAAUUUGAAAAAUACUUUGAAAAAGUACCUCCUUAAAUAUGUCUCAGCUGUGAUUCUCUGUCUGAGCUAUGAUAUUCAAUACGGAGCGCACAGUCUCUCUAGUGAAGUUUGAUGAAUUUCCUCCUAGGAUUUUUCUAAUCCUACUUUUCACUCUAGAAUUUGAAAGAGUUUUAGCAAGGUAGCUGUUUUGGUCUUUGUGGCAGGUGCUGUCAAGAUGAUAGUUUCACUUCAUAUUGCUUUAAAUUGUAGUAACAUUAAAAUCAUAUCUUUUACUACUCAUUGUAGAGAAUAAACAGAAGCCACACUAGUCAACAGAGAAUGCUGUCAGCAUGAGAUUGUUGUUCAUCGUGGUACUGUAGCUAAACACUCAUAGCUGCCUUUAAAAUUGAUUUUUGCCAGUGAUGUCUUGGGUUGUUGUGGAAACUAUGGUGCCUUAGCCUGUUCUGUGUAAGACUUUUCUGUAUCUGCUAAUACAUGCCACUAUCAAAAAUUCAACUCUUCAUUUGAUUGUAGAACUGCUGUGCUAUGGAUAAAGAACAGUAACAAAGGGAAAACUUGAAAGACUUACCUUGCUCUCAAAUCCUAGCUGAGGUAUGAUAUAUGGAUACACUGAACUAAGAAACUGCUCUCUAUGUGUUUGUCUUUAAAGAGAGUGUGCUAGUACAUUCAUUUGGCUGAGUGUACCCGACCAUGUUAUUUAAGAGAAAAUGUUAUACAUCACUCUUUAAGCUCAAUACAUAAUUUCUGGCACAGUAUAAAAUUUAUUUUGUAUUAUGUACAAGUAGCUGUAUUUUGGUUGAUGUUGUUGCACUGUACUAUUACUAAAGAAAUUGUAAUUGACAAAGUUA